AUGGCCUCUUCAUGGACUUAUGAUGUGUUCUUCUUGAGUUUUAGAGGUAAGGAUACUCGCAACAAUUUUACUGCCCAUCUAUAUGAUGCUUUGCGUCGAAAUGAAAUCAACACCUUCAUGGAUGACCAGCUUAGAAGCGGAGAAGAAAUUUCACCGGCACUCCUCAAAGCCAUUGAAGAGUCACAAAUUUCGAUCAUUGUAUUCUCUAAAAACUAUGCAUCAUCCAGAUGGUGCUUGAACGAGUUAAUGAAGAUCCUUGAGUGUAAAAGAACAAAGGGGCAACAUGUUUUACCAUUGUUUUAUAAUUUAGAUCCGUCGGAAGUGCGGAAUCAAACUAAUAGUGUUGGAGAAGCAUUUGUCAAGUAUGGAGAGAGGUUCAAGAAUGAUGAAAAUAAGGUACAUGGGUGGAAGACAGUCCUAACAGAAGCGGCCAAUUUGUCAGGAAAGCUUUUGGGAAACAUGGACGAACCAGAAUUUAUUCACGAAAUUAUUGAAUGGGUGAAUUCAAUAUUAGUAAAAAAGACAGACUUGCAAGUUGCCCGGUAUCCGGUUGGAAUAGAGUCCCUUUUACAAGAUAUGAAGUUGCUUUUAGAUAUAGAGAACAUUGUCAGUAAACAAAUGGUAGGGAUCUUCGGAACUGCUGGAGUUGGUAAGACAACUCUUGCCAAAGCCAUUUACAACUCGAUUGCUUCUCAGUUUGAAGGUUGUUGUUUUCUUGAAAACAUUAGAGAAACUUCCAGCCAAACGGGUCUGAUCCAUUUGCAAAAUAAACUUCUUUCUAAGAUCCUAGAAUGUUCAAGUAUAAUAGUUGACAAUGUUGAUCAAGGAAUUACUUUGAUAGAGCAGAGGCUUUGCCUAAAAAGAAUACUUCUCGUUCUUGAUGACGUGGAUCAUUCAGACCAAAUAGAAAAGAUUGUUGGAAAUUGUGAUUGGUUUGAUUUAGGAAGUAGAGUCAUCAUAACAACAAGAGAUGCACAUUUACUAACUAAGUAUCAAGCUUUAACCUACAGGGUGAGAGAAUUGGAUCACUACAAAGCUCUUCAGCUCUUUAGUUAUCAUGCGUUCAAUAAAGAUAGCCCUGAUGAUGGUUAUGUGGAAGUCACAAACGAUGUAAUAAAUUAUGCCGGAGGAUUACCACUAGCUUUAGUAGUGCUAGGCUCAGCUCUUAAAGACACCGUGUGUUUCUUCAAAGGAAAGGAGGUAGGAUAUGUCACAAAAAUACUAGGUAGUUGUGGCAUCAAAGAGCUAAUGGACAGGCGUCUGAUAACUGAGUCUAACAAAUUAUUGGAGAUGCAUGACUUAUUGCAAGAAAUGGAUAGAGAAAUUGUUCGACAAGAAUCACCCAAAGAACCUGGCAAGCGUAGUAGAUUGUGGUUUCAUGAAGAUGUUCGUAAUGUUCUAGAAGGAAACACGGGAACAAACAAAGUUGAGGGCAUAUUGAUAAAUUUGCCCGAAGAAGACGUGAUACGCUUGAGUCCCAAAGUUUUCAAGAAAAUGAAAAGGCUCAGAAUUUUUAUAAACAAUAAUGCAUGCAUUUUUGAAGAGCCUAGUUUUCUUUCUAAUGAAUUAAGAGUGCUUGAUUGGCCUAAAUAUCCUGGAGAAUUUUUGCCAUCUACUUUUUGUGGAAAGAACCUUGUCAUUCUAAGCAUGCCUCAUAGCAAUCUCAAUGAAUUGGAGGGAGUCCAGAAUUUCGUAAACUUGACAUCUAUGAAUUUCUCUGAUUGUGAAUUCCUUAAAAAAAUCCCUGAUGUUUCUAGGAUUCCAAAUUUAGAGAAAUUGGAUCUUGGUUAUUGCAAGAAUUUAGUUGAAGUUCAUCAUUCAGUUGGAUUCCUCGAUAAGCUCAUUUCUUUGUUUGCUAGAGAAUGCACUAAUCUUAGAUGUUUUCCGAGAAGCUUCAAGUUGAGAUCUCUCAAAUAUCUUAAUCUUAGUUUUUGCUCAAGACUUAAGAACUUCCCUGAAAUUGAGUGUGAAAUGGAAUGUUUAAAGUACAUCAACUUAAACAAUAGUGGUAUAGAGGAAUUGCCAUCGUCCAUUGGGUACCUCGUUGGGGUUGAAAGAUUAUUUCUUUGUGGGUGCACAAAUCUUAAGAAUCUUCCAGAUAACAUUCAUCGGUUGCAAAAUUUAAUGUGGCUUUCUCUCAGCGAUUGUACAAGUAUGAAAGAACUUCCUCCAUCCAUUGGGUACUUGGGCAAGAUUAGAAGAAUAGAUCUAGGUUUUUGCAAAAACCUCAUGACUCUUCCAGAUAACAUAAAUCAAUUGCAAGAUUUAAUGCAUCUUUUUCUCGAUGGUAGUGGUAUAAAAGAAUUUCCUUCAUCCAUUGGGUACCUGGGUAGUAUUGAAGAAUUAUAUCUCGGUGAUUGCACAAACCUUAUGAAUCUUCCAGAUACCAUUUAUCAGUUGCAACAUUUAAAGUAUCUGAAUCUCGCUGGUAAUACAAAAGUUGUUGAGUUUCUAAAGAAGGGGGAAGAUAUUUUAUCGAUGGAGAAAUUUGCAAUUUCAUCAUGGGCAGAAUCACUCCAAUUGUCACCUCCACCAAAUACAAGCGAUUCUAAUGAUUCUAAUGAUGGUUGUUCCUCGGCAUCAUUUCCAAAACUUCAAGAAUUGGAUCUUAGUAAUUGUGCCCCAUCACAAUCAAAUUUUUGUAGGAUCUUAGCUUUUUACUCCUCAUUAGAGACAUUAGAUCUAUCAGGGAGCGAUAUUGUAACCCUUCCUCCAUACGUAAGAAGAUUUGUCGGAUUGAAGUCCCUUUCUUUGAAUAAAUGCAAGCAACUUCGAGAAAUUCUAGGACUUCCACCGAAUGUAAGAGAAGUGUAUGCUAAGAGCUGUGUAUCUUUGGAAAUAUUUUUAGAACAAGCUAGAAGCUCUCUUGAAUUGUUUAAUACGUGCGACCCACCAGAGCCCGUGGAGGCUGGAACGGUACGUUCCACACUGCUAUCGCUGAAUCUUGGCAAUAGUGUCCUAACAGAAUUAGAUUUCGCGACUCAACAUGAAUGCCCUUUCAAUUUGGAAAUUCUAUGUCUAUCAAGUAGCAGUAUUGUUAGCCUUCCUACGUGGGUCAACAAAUUUGUUGCAUUGGAAGAGCUUAACUUGGACAGUUGCAAGCAACUUCGUGAAACUCCAGAACUUCCACCAAGUAUAAGAUCGAUAAAUUUGAGCCAAUGCUCGUCAUUGGAAAGACAUAAAUUUGGUGAUAUACGUGAUUUACCAAUGCUUCGGUGGAUUGACUUGUCUGAUUGCUCUGAACAUAUAAACAAUGAUGUACAAAUGCAUUUAUUGAGUCAGGUGCAUCUUAAGGACCGUUACUUUGGAUGUAUAUAUCCGGGAAAUAAGAUUCCAGAAUUCUUCAGCCAUCGUAAAGAGGUUUCAAAUACAAAUUGGUGUGAAAUAGAUAUCAAUGAGCCUAUACAUUUGGGUUCGAAGAAUGCAAGAUUUGCUUUCUCUGCUGUUUUUGGAAGACCGGAUGGACAAGUUGAGGAAGGUACUGUAAUGUGUGUUGAAGUCAUCAUUAAUGGUCAUGAAAUCUUUUGUCUUGACCGAGUACAUAUUUCAACCAGCUCAGAUCAUGUAUGGUUGCUUUACCGUGGUUCGUUCGAUUCUCAGAUAAUGAUGGGUACUCUUCGAGUUCAAUUUACAUGCAAGGAUGUAAAUGAAAAUCCUUCAAAGUCGGUGUUCUUGAAAAGUUGCGGAUUCCAUCUAGAACACAGAUAUCAAGAGAAUACAAUAGGUUUAACGGACGGUGUUCAACUUUCUAAGAGACACCGUGAUGAUGAUGACGACGAUGACAAGUUUGAAUCCAAUUGGUACCCACACCAAGAAAGGCAUUCUUCAAUGCUCCAGACUAGUUUAACCUUGGGCCUUAGAGUUUCAGAUGCAGAGGAUAUGCCUCUAUGUGAAUCACAACCACUGAACCACAUCAAUCAAAUCACAGACAAAACUUAA